GCACUCACGCCCGGAGUUUACCUGGCGGAAUCUUUCAGCCUCGUGCCUCAGAAAGCAUCCUGAACCCGCAUGAGUGGAAAACUAAAAGUCUUUACUUUGAUUCAUCGAGCGAUAACUCUUCCUGUACGCAUGCCUGAUUCAUCCUGAUGCGCGCGGACACGCAGAGGGCGUGUCACAGGCGUUUAAAUGGGCGGAGCGACGUAGAAGUCGCUCAUUAGAGUCGCAGCCAAACAGCUACUGGGGGAGAUUUUUAAAAUCUGUUUUUAAAAAAUAUGAGAUUUUCAUUUUAUCUGUGUGUUUUUGUCUGCGUCACGCGACGGUGGAGCGGCGGGAGAGUCGCGGCUCUACCUGGUACAGUGCAGAACUGCUGUGAAGGAGACAUUCUCCUUCUGCUGGACUCCUCUGGAAGUGUAACAAACUAUGAGUUUUCAGUCUUCUUGCGCUUCGCCUCUGAUUUGCUCCGCCCCUUUUCAUUGGGCCAUGGAAACGUCAGAGUUGCUCUGCUCCAGGUCGGAACAACUCCUCACACCGAGUUCAAUCUGGACGUCCACAGCGACCAGGAGAGCCUGCAGGACGCCCUGCGGGGUGUCCGGCAGCUGCAGGGCGACACCAACACUCCCUCAGCCCUUCAGGUCGCUAAGAGACUGCUGGCGGAGACGGAGGAGGACGCGCCGAAGGUGCUGCUGUGGCUGACGGACGGAGUGGAGUCGGGAGACGUGGACGAGCCGAUGUCGGAGCUGAAGGCUCACGGGGUUUCCGUGUUAAUCGUUUACACAAUACAUGGUAACCACCAGGUGAUGCAGCGAGUCGUCUCGCCUCCUGCGGAGUCACACCUGUAUGCUGUGGACUUGAACAGCAUCGACAUCAUCACAGAGGACCUGAGGGAGGCCAUCAUCCAAAUACUUCGUGCGGAGAGACUGAGUGUGACAGACCUGACCUCCCAUAGUGCCAUGCUUCGGUGGCGCCCCGUUCUCAGUGCAGACAGUGGCUACUAUGAUCUGUGGUACAGUUCUGUUGGAAAACCUGAGAUCAGAGAUGUUCUCCCGGGUGACUCCAGCAAAGCAAAGCUAACCAACCUGCUGCCGGAAACCACAUACACGGCGUUCCUGCGACCCGAGUCCAACCACAGCCCGCUCAGCACUCUCUCUGUGACGUUCACCACGCUGCCUGGUGGGAGGAUUUCAGAUGUUUUAGGUCCAGCUGAGAUUUCCUUGUCAGAUUCUGGCCCACAUCAGAUCCAGGUCAGCUGGGGUCCCCUGCAGCCAAAGUGGGUGCAAAGAUACACCGUGGAGUUUGGAGCUAUUCCUUCUGGAGAGGUCCGUACUGUUUCGUUAGACAGUCAGAGAUCCUCGACUUUACUGACUGGUCUUCAGCCAGGAACCCAGUACCUGGUUACAGUCAACUCCAUACAUGUGGACGGAACAGAGAGAGCCAUGUCUGUGAGGGCGUGCACUCAAGAAGCUCUUCCUGCCCUGACUGACCUUCAACUGUUCACAAUGGAGCAAUGGGACAUGGAGGGUGAAGAUGUUCAAGCAGUAUGGCAAGCUCAUGAGGAAGAUUUGAAAGGUUUCUGGGUCAGCUGGGAGACAUUAAACUCCCAGAACUUCCUCUCAGACGUCUCCACAUCGACUGUCUAUCUGCCUCCAACUACACACGCCACACGUCUCACCCGCCUGGCGUCGAACAGUCGAGUGUGUGUGUCUCCGGUCUACAGCUCGGGUCGUGGGGAUGGGAUUUGCUGCACGGUUAAGACGCAAAGCAGUUGGUUGGGGUGAACAUUGUGUAACCUACUUUUUUUCUUAUUGAGUAAAGAGUAUAUGUUCUUA